GUAUCGAAUUCAAAUGUAAAUAUUUAGAGAAUGACGAUGACCUGCUCUUUUCAAAUGUGCUUUGCUCGGUACAUGCAGUUUCUUGGGAAAGGGUUUGUUGGGGGAAGUCUUGGUGCAAAAACAAAAAACGGCCCCUUCCCCUUUUAGUGCUCUUUAAAAAAAAAAAAAUACUGUAUGUAUACAGUGCUUAUAAGGUUAAAUUUCCUGUGACCACGGACAAGAAUUUUAAUGCCAUUGCAAGGUGUCUUUCUGAGAAAGAAAAAAGAAUAUCAUCUCAGGGUUCCAGAACCCCCCAGCAAGGUUAAUUUUGUGUUUUUUUUUUUUUUUUAAGUUGCAGUAUUAUUUUGGAAGUUGAAAACACAGCCUGUCCCUCACUAAAAUAGCUUCCUGAAAUGUCUCGUCUUGGAAAUGCCUCAGCUGGUUAUCAGGAUUAAUAUAAAGAGCUGUUCGUUGGGCUGUUGUCCGGCAAGCGUUGGAAUCCAUCUUGGAACAUUUGUGGAAAUUUGUUGAAUUCCUGGACAUCUGUGACAGCAGUCUUUUCUAAUUGAACUUUUUCAAGAUAUUCUGAAGAAGCCAACAGGACUUUUUUACAUCAUGACCUAAACCUGAACACAAGAACAAACAAUAAAUUGUACUUUGGAGUAUGAUGAAGGGCUGUGUGUGAGCACUGACCCCACCUCAACUCUAAUGAGCAUUUUAGACAUGAGUUUGCAUGGGCAGAUGGGUUCAGACAGAGAUCUCCAGUCCUCUGCCUCGUCCGUGAGCUUGCCCUCUGUCAAGAAGGCCCCCAAGAGGAGGAGGAUUUCAAUAGGCGCUCUCUUUCGGAGGAAAAAGGACACCAAGCGGAAAUCAAGGGACCUCCAUGGCGGUGUGGAUGGAAUUGCGAGUAUUGAAAGUAUACAUUCUGAGAUGUGUACUGACAAGAACUCCAUUUUCUCUACAAAUACCUCCUCUGACAAUGGGCUGACUUGUAUCAGCAAACAAAGUGGAGACUUCAUAGAAUGUCCCCUGUGCCUUUUGCGGCACUCGAGAGACAGAUUUCCUGAUAUAAUGACAUGUCACCAUAGAUCUUGUGUGGAUUGCUUACGACAGUACCUAAGGAUAGAAAUCUCUGAAAGUAGAGUUAAUAUCAGUUGUCCAGAAUGUACGGAACGGUUUAAUCCCCAUGACAUUCGCUUGAUAUUAAGUGAUGAUGUCUUAAUGGAAAAAUACGAAGAAUUUAUGCUUCGACGGUGGCUUGUUGCAGAUCCUGACUGUCGGUGGUGCCCAGCUCCAGACUGUGGAUAUGCUGUGAUAGCAUUUGGCUGUGCCAGCUGUCCGAAGUUAACCUGCGGGCGAGAAGGCUGUGGGACAGAGUUUUGCUACCACUGUAAACAGAUCUGGCAUCCAAACCAGACCUGUGAUGCUGCUCGGCAGGAGAGAGCCCAGAGUUUACGCUUGAGAACGAUACGUUCCUCCUCCAUUAGCUACAGCCAGGAGUCUGGAGCAGCAGCUGACGAUAUAAAGCCAUGCCCACGAUGUGCUGCUUACAUAAUAAAGAUGAACGAUGGGAGCUGCAACCACAUGACAUGUGCUGUCUGUGGCUGUGAGUUCUGUUGGUUGUGUAUGAAAGAAAUCUCGGAUUUACAUUAUCUAAGUCCCUCGGGUUGUACUUUUUGGGGGAAGAAACCUUGGAGUCGAAAGAAGAAAAUCCUGUGGCAGCUGGGAACGCUUGUUGGUGCUCCCGUCGGGAUUGCUCUGAUUGCCGGCAUUGCCAUCCCUGCCAUGGUCAUUGGCAUUCCCGUGUAUGUGGGCCGCAAGAUUCAUAAUCGCUAUGAAGGCAAAGAUGUCUCAAAACACAAGCGGAAUCUGGCCAUAGCAGGUGGUGUGACGCUGUCUGUAAUUGUCUCUCCGGUGGUUGCUGCAGUGACUGUAGGCAUUGGUGUUCCCAUUAUGUUAGCUUAUGUUUAUGGUGUUGUUCCAAUCUCCCUCUGCCGAAGUGGGGGUUGUGGAGUUUCAGCAGGCAAUGGGAAAGGAGUCAGAAUUGAAUUUGAUGACGAAAAUGACAUAAAUGUUGGUGGAACUAACACAGCUAUAGAUACAACAUCAGUAGCAGAAGCCAGGCACAACCCGAGCAUAGGAGAGGGGAGCGUUGGUGGUCUGACUGGCAGCUUGAGUGCAAGUGGAAGUCACAUGGACCGAAUAGGCACCAUGAGAGACAACCUGAGUGAGACAGCCAGCACCAUGGCCUUAGCUGGAGCUAGCAUAACGGGAAGUCUGUCAGGAAGCGCCAUGGUGAACUGUUUCAACAGGCUGGAGAUUCAAGCAGAUGUUCAGAAAGAACGGUGCAGUCUCAGUGGAGAGUCCGGCACCGUGAGCUUGGGAACAGUGAGUGAUAAUGCCAGCACCAAAGCCAUGGCCGGAUCCAUUCUCAACUCCUGCAUCCCUCUGGACAGAGAAGGGAACAGCAUGGAAGUGCAAGUGGACAUUGAGUCCAAGCCAUUCAAGUUCCGGCACAACAGCGGGAGCAGCAGCGUGGAAGACGGCAGUGCUGCCCGAAGCCACGCUGGUGGUUCAUCCAGUGCAUUGCCUGAAGGUAAAUCCGGUGCCACCAAGUGGUCCAAAGAAGCAACAGCAGGAAAAAAGUCAAAAAGCGGUAAACUGAGGAAAAAGGGCACCCUGAAGAUAAAGGAGCCCCGCGAGGACAUGGAUGCCCAGCUGCUGGAGCAGCAGAGCACCAACUCAAGCGAGUUUGAGGCCCCGUCCCUCAGUGACAGUAUGCCGUCUGUCUCCAGUGAUUGUCACACCCGCUUUGCGACUGUGAACACCCUUCCUGAGGUAGAAAAUGACCGUCUGGAGAAUUCACCACAUCAGUGUAGCAGUUCUCUGCUUUCCAAACCUGCUUCCGGUUCUGGAGUUCCGCAGCCCAGUCCUGCUGCAGAGGAUCACGGCACCAGCAGGAGUGGGGUGAAACCGAACGGUGACGCAUUAAAAGAAGCAAAUAAUAACCAACCACAUCAGACUGUGGACUUGAAAGUUUCUAUUCAGACUGAAAUUUAGGCCCAUGAUGCUGCAGAGUAAUAACACUCAACAGCCUUGUUUGGAGCUGGAUGAGCCAUGUGCGACUGUUAAGUUUAAGUUACCAGCAAAAGCCAGGUUCAUAAUCACAAUGCAUAUACAUUCUGUAUGUUUAGCCGAGCAUUGUUUCUUGUAGACGUUAAUCACCAAAUUAUGAAACGGAGGCUUUAAGAGUGCAUCAUCAUGAGAACGAUAACUUAAGAAAAAAUCGAGUUUUGUGUUCUUAUCACAGAACACUGCUUGGUGCACACACCUGUGUAUUUAGAUAGAAAUGUGGCUUAAUUUAUACUCAUAUGAUACUAACGCUGUGCUACCACACUCUUAAGGAAAACCGUGGCUUGGAGAGAAGUGGUUAGUGACAUUUUAUUGAAACCACUAAGGGAUGCUGUUUAGAAGAACUUGGCAGGCUUCUCUGUGUAUGAUCCUCUUUGUAACAUUUCUCUUCAUAACUGAGCUUAAAUUUCAUUUCUUUCUUCACACUCGAUGUGGACAUAAAGCUUAGUGCAGCCCAUGGGUAACCAUUUGGACACUUAGACACUUGAGCAGGAUUGUGGCAGUCUUCGCACAACUUUGAGCUAGAAAUACUUGGUACUGUUACAUAUCGCGUGUAUUGUUGAUGCCAUUUUAGAAGAAAACGGUAAAAGUAGGUAACUAAGUAUACUGACAACAAACAAGAUAUAGAACUACAAAAUACAAUCCCAUUAGGACACAAGUAUCACAAAAAGUCACCUUCCUCUACGGGAAGUUAGUGACUUUUGAUUCUUGGUGCCUUUGGGAGAGACUGGGUUUUACAAGCCCAGUUAUUUGAGGAUUUUGCUGUAUCAUUUCCCAUAAUGUCUUCUCUAUAGAAAAAUACAGGAAAUAGAUAAACAUGAAUGUGAUUAUUAACUAUACUGAAAAAGUAUUCGCCUACCAAAGACACACUCAGGCUUUAGUAAAUUUAAUGUUACAUAACCUCAGUUUUUAACCUAUCUUUUCAAACCAUGAAAUCAAAGCAAUGCAGAGCUUGCACCAAGCUUAUACAAAAGGUCUGUGGCUUUGUUUCCUUUUGUUUAUGGAGGAUAUUCAGCUGACACAAGCAGAAGUUGGCCCCAAUACUGCCUGUACUAUUAAUUUCCCACGUAACUCUCCUGGCAGACUAACCUCAUGGCCGUCAGAUACCCACCUUCGGGUUUCUUUCAAGUGUUACCAUUAUGGUGCUACUGAGCAUUUUCUUUUGAUAAAGGAAAAUGUCCCGGGCUGCAGUCUCUUACCCUCAUUUUCCUCACUGCGUCCAUUAAUUUUGCUUAUAUAACACUAGUGCCAGUUAUUUUAUUUGAUAAUGGUUAUUAUGAUAUUUGUACAUUUGUUUGCAUUCCAGUUGUGUUCAGUAAUGAGUGUGUAAACAGCAUACAUGAAAUAAAUGUAAAUACUAAUUAA